AUGAAGAAGAGGAACGUUUCAAAAAAUCGUUAUUCCUCAUAUAUGUCUUUUCUAUGUUUACUGAUCCGCUGUUUAAUCCUUUGUUAUUUAUGUCGACUUAUAAGAAAUAAAUAUUCCAUUUUGAGAACAUGUGAUGUGAGAAAUUCUAGAAUUUUAUCUGGUCCUCCCAAAAAUGUUUUUUUUGGAUCAUGUAAUACUAAUAAUAUAAUAAAUGAUCUGGAAGAAAAUUUGAGGGAUGAAUGGGAUAUCGCAGUAGAUAAUAUUUUAAGAGGCGAUGACACUAGUACAUUCCAUGGGAAUACUAGUAGUUCAGAGAAUAGUAAUUAUUUAUCGAUAAAUGUAAUUCAUGGUAUUCAUAGAGGUGAUGAUACAAAUAUAAUUGAAGAAAAUUAUGUAGCUUCUGUAGCUGAAAUAGUUGAGAGUUUACAUGAUUCUGUUGAAAUUGAUCAUACUGAUAAUAUUGAUAAUAUUAAUAGUAUGAAUAAUGGCCAAAAUGAGGAUGUUGAUUAUUGUGAUCUCUCAACAUGCACUACAGAAAGUUCAUUAUCAAAUAAUAAUAGUGAAAAUUAUAAUGCUUCACUCAAUUGUAGCGAUGAUAACGUGAAUGCAGAAAUUUCAAGUGAUCAUUCUAGGAAUGUAGAAAGGAUUCAAAAUACGUAUAAUUUAUUUAUUGUACGUCCUAAUACAUGUCAGAAUUCAUAUCCGUUAAUGAUAAAUGUAUUUAAUGAAUAUGGGGAGCCUUGUGAUGGUUAUCCUAAUAUUAGGAAUACUGUAGACCAAUAUGAAAUGGAAUAUAUAAGGCAUCAAUCUAGAGAAGAUAUGAAUACACUUUAUGAAUAUACCUUAAUUCGUUUGCCUAGUUAUAAUGAAAAUAAAUAUAUGUGUUCUCUAGAUGAAGAUAUAUUAUACGAAAGAAACUUUCUGGAAGACUUUGAAUUAUUAAAAAACAAAUCUUAUGAUAUGUUUAUAGAUAUUCAUUUUAGGUUACGUAAAGGAAUACAAUGUACAGAUAGGUUAUCUAUUUUUUCUUUUGAUAAUAAUUAUGGUUAUGGUUAUUAUUACAAUAAUAAUUUCAGUACAGAUGGUGAGCAAAACAAUAGUAGGGAUAUGCAUAGAGAACAGUCUAGUUUAAAUCAAGAUGUACAGGAUUCUGUUUCACGUGGAAAUGGAAACUAUACAUCUGAAAAUAAGGGAAGAGGUAGAGAAAGUACUAAUAUUUGUAUGAAUGAUCGUUGCCCUUAUGAUUACUAUAAUAUAUUUGAUAGAGGUUAUAGUGGAAACAUAGAAAACGUAUUAGAUCAUAGUGAAAAGGAGGUGGAUCACUCUAAAAGUGAUAUAAAUAAAGAUAAGGAUAAAAAGGAAAACAAGAAAAAUGAUAAUACUGAAGGUGAAGAGGAAAGUAAAGAGAAAAAUAAGGAGGAAAAUAAAGAUAACAAUAAGGAGGAAAAUAAAGAUAACAAUAAGGAGGAAUAUAAAGAUAACAUUAAGGAGGUUUGUGAGGAUAGUACUGGAGAUAAAAAGGAAGGUAAUGAACAUGAAUUAAAUAAUAGGAGUGGUAAUGAAAUCGAAGUAUAUAAUAGAACGGAUACUAUAUUUGAUAAUAAUGAACAAAAUGAAAAUGAAAUAAUGGGGACAACAUCAGAUAUGAUUCCAACUGAAUUAAAUGUGCCUUCUGAUAGGUAUGAUAUAGAUAGUUUGUACUUAUGGUCCGAUAUGUCUUCAGAAUCUACUAUCAAUUAUAAUGAUCUUCCUAAUUUGGUACAUACACAAAUUCAAGAAUCGAGUGAUACAAGUGUGGAUAUGGAGAUUGUUCCACCAUAUAUGCCAGAUUUAAUUAUAACGGAAUCACCCACUAAUACAAGCGGAACGGAUACUUCGAUCGAGAUUCCUCCAUAUUACUAUAGAAGAGAACAAAUAAACGAUACUAUAGAAAGUCCUGUUACUGAUUAUGAUGAUCUUUAUUCAUCUACUGAUUCAUAUGAAACGUCUUUAUUGGAUGUAUCAUCUUCUUCUGUUGAAUGUGAAGAAAGUGAUGUAUCUGCGACUACUAGUGAAUCUGAUGAAGGUGUUGUGUCUCUGACUACUAGUGAAUCUGAUGAAGGUGUUGUGUCUCUGACUACUAGUGAAUCUGUAUGUAUUAUAUCUGCGACUAUUAGUGAUUGUGAAGAUACACCUAUAACUUCUUAUAGUGAAAGUUCUGAACCUCCCAUACAUAAUAGGCAACAGGAGGAAUCACAAUAUAAUAAUAGUGUUUCUAAAAUAGAUAAAGAUUCAAACUUUAGAGCGUAUCAUGUUGAAAUAAUAUACACUGAUAUGGAUGUUAAUUUGUUACAUCAUUUUAUAGAUUAUAAUGGUUAUAAAGAUACACAGAGACGAAAGAAUUUAGAUUCUCUUUUGAAAGCGUUAGAAAAUUUACCAAAGAAGGACAAGUCGUUAAAUGUGUGGAAGUACGGACUUAAAGUAUCAUUAGCAAUUAUAGAAUAUGUUUCUAACGAAAUUUUUGCUUUGGCAGAAGUCAUAAGAGAUGACUUCGAAUGUAAUAGGGGUGACUGUAAAAAUGAUGGUUGUAAAUGGUGUAUGGCACAAAGUAAGUUCAAAAUAGAUAUAUUAACGUUGAAUUUUUUUAUGGGUUCUAAACGAUCGAAUCCAAAUUUGUCAUAUAAAUAUUUAACUUGUAAGGAAUUUAUACUUACACGCUUCAAAAAAUUAGUAUAUGAUUCGAUAGAUGCUAUUGAAACAUAUAUUGCUAUUGUAGAAUGUUUCCUUUCGGAAAGUAUAUUUGAUAGAAUUAAAGAUACUUAG